AAGCAUGACAUACAUUGCUGAUAAGAACAACAAGUGGGCAUCAUAUGCUGGACCUGGUGGUUGGGAUGACCCAGAUAUGCUGGAAGUAGGCAAUGGUGGCAUGACCUUAGCAGAGUAUCUCUCACAUUUUAGCAUAUGGGCUCUCAUGAAGGCCCCUCUAUUAAUUGGUUGUGAUGUCAGAAACAUGACUUCUGAAACAAUGGAAAUACUGAGCAACAAAGAAGUAAUUCAAGUAAACCAAGAUCCUCUUGGAGUUCAAGGAAGAAAAAUUUUAGGACAAGGAAAAUAUGGAUGUCGUGAGGUGUGGGCUGGUCCCCUUUCUGGGAAUCGGCUUGUUGUUGCUCUGUGGAACCGUUGUUCAGAUACUGCUAACGUUACAAUGAAACUGCCAGCAGUAGGCCUUGAUGGGUAUGCUGCCUAUUCUGUUAGGGAUCUGUGGAAGCAUGAAACUCUAUCGGAAAAUGUCGUAGGAACUUUUGGCGCUCAAGUUGACGUGCAUGACACCAAGAUGUACAUCUUUUCUCCUGCAACCAUUGUCGCUUCGGUUUGAUCAGGACCGGUGGAUCCAAGAUGACAACACCGCUAUUAUUCAAGGAUAUGUCACGACAACAAGCGCCUUCGUUUUUCCUGCUGCAUUCUGUUCCACCCGAGUGCAGAAGUUC